AUGGGAAGCUCUCAAAUCCGCCAGGGUACCUGGUUGAACAGGUACCUUGGCACGGACGUGUCAUUCAGUAACGGUACGACUUGGAGAGUUCAAGCCAAACUCGAUGAAAAGGUCAUCCAGGAAAGUCGAAGUGUCUGUGAGGAUGAGGAUAUCGGAUGCGAGGCCAUUGGAGUCUUCCAGUGUGCCAACGUCGCUGGCGCUGGACCUCCCAAUGCCAUAAUCAAAAUGUUCAUACACAUUCCAUGGCAGGACACGGUUAAUGACCCUGCCUGCGAUCGUGCUGCGCAGGCCGGCAAAAACCAUAAUGUCACCUUCUCCGAGGAGCUUCAAGCCGUGAAGGCAUUGACUGAGGCUGAUUGCUCCAGCACCCCAGCUUUUUUCGCGUCCAAGACGGAGAUACAAGCCUUUGACGAAUGGGUUCCCGGUGGAUACAAGCGUUUCAUUCUCAUGGAACACCUCCCAGGCUACUCCUGCUGGGCAGGUGAUUACUAUCAAAUGCCCCCUGCCGAAAAGGAUCGCCUUCGAACUGCCUUUAAGACCGCGUGGCUAGAGGCAAUACAGGUUGGGUUCCGCCAUGCCGGCCCAGAAUUGUGCAACAUCCUCUGGGACUCGCAGCGAAACAAAUGCUAUCUCGUUGAUUGGAUGUGGUGGGACUCCGCGUACAACGAUGCUUGGGAAGACAGUCGUUUUAUCGAGUGGGGCCUUUGGGAUAACACAUCUGACUAG